AUGAGCGCGUUUGCAGCGCGGCAACAAUUAUGGGCAACGACGGCAGUUGCGAAAAACAACAAUGUUGAGAAGAAGGCUACCCCGGAGCCAGUGCUAGAAAAUCCCCGGUCUGCCCAGUUGAGAAAGAGUGAGACCCCCUCGGCUCGGUCUGUCGUAGGUCGCCGGACCAAGCGCCAGUCCCCAGAGGCACCGGUCGUGGCCGAUGCGAAGCAAGCACAAGGUCUCGAAAUCGGGGCAGCGGGUUCAGGCCCUUCCACCCCCGGCCUUGAGUCCAACGGGAUACUCGUCAGGCACCACUCAUCCUUCAAGCCCAACAAGAAGAAUCUCCAACGAAAACCCGGCGGCCGUAUUGUUCUAGUUGCCUCUGAAGGAGAGCGGUUAGUCGUUCUUGGGAGUUUCGGCAUCAAGGUCCGCGAGGGCGAAGCUACGUUCGCCGGUGCCAUCUUGACCUCGUCCGACCCCGUCCAGUGGGUUCAUGCUCCCCAUUGCCAUGCCGUGGCCGUUCUCCGAACCGCAGAUGAUACAGUCCUCGAGCUUCAACCCCACCCUGCCGCCAAAGGGCUGAGGCAAUUGGCAGCCCUGAAUCCUGCCUUUGCCAAACUCUGGAAUGAGAGUCCGCAAGCAACGAGCUCAAAGUCCCAACCGGAGUAUUCUCCUCCUGGAGUCAUCUCCCUGUUUAAUAUCACUAUACCAAAUUUGUCUCCGCCUUUCUGCCAUCCCACCCUCACACCGGCAGAAGGCCAACUUCGGGCCCACGCCAUCGCAUCCGUCACACCGGGCCUCGACCCGGCCCACUACAUCGAGUGCGUUCUCGACCUCCUCAUGCACUACCAACGACACUCGGAUCCCAAACCACCGCUGGUGGUCAACACACCAGGCUGGGUCCAAGGCACCGGCCUUGAUAUCCUAAGUGAGCUAAUCAUGGCCGUCCGCCCGACCGAAGUCAUCUACAUGUCACAAGAUGGCCCCGAAGAAACGGUUAACAGCCUCCAAGAGGCUUGCACGGCCACCACUCCUCCAACCCCCUUCUCCAUGCUCCCCUCCCAGCCCAGCGAGGCGUCCUCCACGCGCACAUCCCUCCACUUCCGCACAAUGCAGACAAUCCGGCGCCCCGAGCUCCUCGCCGAGGCCAUCAACGGCACCAUCCUCGCGCUAGUCAAGCUCGAGGACCGCGCCGCGCUGGGUUGCUGGACUCCGCGGGGGGUGGUUGAUGGUGUUUUGGGUCUGCACGAUGGGGGUGGUGGCGGUGGGGAGACGGCGGCAAAGGGAUUGGUGUUGGUGGCGGGGCGGUUUGAUACGCCGACGUGGGCGUAUGGCGAGGAUUUGUAUCUGAGGGGGGUUGGGAGGGGGGGUGGUGUGGGGAGUGUGGGGUUGGAGGGUGGUGAGGAUGGGGAUGGGGAUGGGUAUGGGGAUGAUGGGGGUGAGGAUGACAGUGAAGAUGAAAGUGAGGGUGAGGGUGAGGGUGACAGUGGAGAUGAAAGUGAGAGUGGGGAUGGGGGCGAUGUGGGUGCUGAGCGGGAGGCCGGCGGCAGGAAAUCGCGGAGGAUGGUUGGCGAGGUGCCGUGGGUGGAAAUGCUGCACGGGAGCCAAAGGCGGGCUGUGGGGAGCAAGGUGUGGAGGGUGAGGAGGGAUUUGGGGAAGAACUAA